CGAUGCUGAUAGUAAUGUGCUCGUUCAAGUUGCCGUUUCACAUCGUUGCCGCGUCUCAUCCGUGCGGUUGAACCCUGCUUUCCCAGCGUCCCCUUUCACGCAUGGAGUUGCGCACCGACACGGUGCUGGCGAGUCUGGAGAUGUCGGAGUUAAAAAGCGACGGCGGUUCGUCGGAGGGCGACGAGGAUUACGAGUGUUUGCCCGCGCACGCGUCCCUGUACACGCACAUGACAGCGGGCGCCGUGGCUGGAGUUCUGGAGCACACCGUCAUGUACCCCGUGGAUUCGGUCAAGACACGUAUGCAGAGUUUACAGCCAAACCCAAAGGCUCAGUACCGCAGUGUGUAUGGUGCACUAAAGAGGAUUGUGCGAACGGAGGGUCUCCUUCGGCCGCUGAGGGGCCUGAAUAUCACUGUGCUGGGGGCCGGCCCCGCCCACGCGCUCUAUUUCGCCUGCUACGAGCAAAUCAAACUCAGCCUUAGUGAUGCCAUACAGAAUGGAGGCAACAGUCACAUCGCAAACGGGGUUGCUGGAAGUGUUGCCACUGUCCUCCAUGAUGCAGUUAUGAACCCAGCAGAAGUGGUGAAGCAGAGGAUGCAAAUGUAUAACUCUCCAUACCGCAGUCUAUAUGACUGCGUACUUACUGUCAGUCGAAGGGAAGGCCUAGCCGCCUUCUACCGUAGCUACAGUACUCAACUCACCAUGAACAUCCCCUUCCAGGCUGUUCACUUCAUCACCUACGAGUUCAUGCAGGAACACUUCAACCCUCAGCGCCAGUACCGUCCUGAAACGCACAUCCUAUCCGGAGCGGCAGCGGGAGCAGUGUCUGCCGCCGUGACGACGCCAUUAGACGUGUGUAAAACUCUAUUAAACACACAGGAGAACGUAUCGCUCAGUUCUGCGCAUGUUAGCGGACAUCUCUCGGGUAUGGUCAAUGCGCUACAGACAGUUUACCGCCUAGGAGGCAUGCCAGCAUUCUUUAAAGGCAUCAGAGCGCGAGUGAUUUAUCAGAUGCCAUCUACAGCAAUCGCCUGGUCCGUGUAUGAGUUCUUUAAGUACUUUCUAACUCAACAUAAAGCACACAUCCAGGAACCGGGAAGGAACAUGGAUAAGGCUGGAACCACAUGAAAGUGCAACCUUUAGGCCUGUUAGCACUAAUUCGAAAGGCCCUGCUGAUCCAAAGAGGAGAGGAUUGAAGAAUGUGGGUAUAUUUAAUGUGUAUGCGUCUUAUUGAAGAGGCCUUUGGUUCAAUUAGGAAUGUAAUCACUAAUUUCUUAUGUAGAGAAGACUCCAGCAUCUCUAGUUUAUUUUUUUUGGAUAACACAUUAAUUUAUUGGAAGAGUUUAUUGUUGUUACAAGAAUAGGGGAUGUAUGGGCAUUGCACACUAUGGAACAUAACUGCUAUACAGAUAAUGUUAGUCAUGUUUCAACCCACCUAACACAUAUUUAUGAUUGCAAAUGAUAUUAUAUACAUACUUGUUUACAUUACAUAUUAUAUACACAUGCUUAUUUAUAUAUAUUUUAAAGACGUCAUCUUCUCAAUGACGAUCAAAUGUUAUGUUUAACUUCACUCCGUUUAUUUGAUUGGCUUUUCUGGGCUUAUGGGUUAGAUGAGUCACAUCUGUUUGUCUUUAUCUAGAUGUGUGUUUUUAAAGGACAUUCCUGAGUUCUGUUGCGGAAUUAACCGACCAAAUGUUUCAUUUUAAUGCCUAACCACUGUCGAAAAGCCGUAUGGGCUUCAAACCCUGCAUUCAACAGAGGUUUUUAACCUCAAAAUGUGUCUUAUCCUGAUUAGAAAAUCUCUACCAUCCAGUGAAAAGAUCAUGUGGGAUGUCAGAUCUCAGUUUUCAUAGAUUCAUCCCAAAGAUGAUUUUAAACUCACUAAGUUAUUAAAACUAUUGAUUUUUUACAUUUGAGUUUCCUAAGACUGAAUUGGAUCCCAGGUAAAUCAAAUUUGCCUGAUUUCACAGCUGUAGGUAACCUGAAGCACUUACUAAUUGUGUAUUGUGUCCUCUUAUUUAUUAGAAGUGAUGAUAUUCAGUUUAGAAAUGAGAGGUAGUUCAGGCAGUGGAAAGCUGUGAUCGAAUAGCUGAAAUCGGCAAGUUUUGUAUGUGGUAACUCUAGAUACUUUAUCUUUUAGGACAUAAUUGUCAUUAUAUAUUACCAAUCAAGACUAGCAUAUAUUAAGACUCCUAAACUUCAGUGUGGAUGAAAGUUUUGUGGUUGCAGUUUAAAAACACAGCCUAGAAUUAUAUCUUUGUUCAUAAAAAAAAGUACAUAGGAGGAUGCAGAAUUUCACAUUCUGUUUUACAAAUCUUUGGCCAUUUUGCCACAACUUGUAGGUAUGCUUGGGGUCAUUGUCCAUUUGGAAGACCCAUUUGCAAUGAGCUUUAACUUCAUGGCUGAUGUCUUGAGAUGUUGCUUCAAUAUAUCCACAUAAUUUUCCUUCCUCAUGAUGCCAUCUAUUUUGUGAUGUGCACCAGUCCCUCCUGCAGCAAAGCACCCCCACAACAUGAUGCUGCCACCCCCAUGCUUCACGGUUGGGAUAGUGUUCUUUGGCUUGCAAGCCUCACCCUUUUUCCUCCAAAUAUAAUGAUGGUCAUUAUGGCCAAAAAAGUUACGUUUUUGUUUCCUCGGGCUAGAGGAAAUUUCUCCAAAAAGUCCCCAUGUGCACUUGCAAACUGUAGUCUGGCUUUUUUAUGGUGGUUUUGGAGCAUUGGAUUUUUCCUUGCCUUUUCGAGCAGCCUUUCAGGUUAUAUUGAUAUAAGAAUCGUUUUACUGUGGAUAUAGAUACCUGUCCACCUGUUUCCUCCAGCAUUUUCUGUAUAUCAACUGUAUAUAUAUUCACCGAUCAACCACAACAUUAAAACCACCUAAUAUUGUGUAAUUCCCACUCGUGGUGCCAAAACAGCUCUGACCCAUCGAGGUAUGUCUCCACAUGACCUCUGAAAGUGUGCUGUGGAUUCUGGCACCAAGACUUUAGCAGCAGAUCCUUCAAUCCUGUAAGUUGCAUGGAUUGGACUUUUUGGUCCAGCACAUCUCAUAGAUGCUCAAUCGCAUUUAGAUCUGGGGUAAUUGGAGACCAAGUCAACACCAACUCUUUGUCAUAUUCUUAAACCAUUCCUGAACAAUUUUUGCAGUGUGGCAGGUUGCAUUAUCCUGCUGAAAGAGGCCACUGCCAUUUGAAAACACCGUUACAAUGAAGGGGUGUAUGUGGUCUGCAACAAUCAUUAGGUAGGUGAUAAGUGUCAAAGUAACAUCCACAUGAAUGCCAGGACCCAAGGUUUCCCAACCGAGCAUUGCUGAGCAUCACUCUGCCUCCGCAGGCUUGCCUUCUUCCCAUAGUGUAUUCAGCUGCAUCUCCUCCCCAGGUAAACGAUGCACACGCACCUGGCCAUCCACAUGAUCUAAAAGGUAACGUGAUUCAUCAGACCAGGCCACCUUCUUCAAUUGUUCCUGGGUCCAGUUCUGACGCUCAUGUGCCCAUUGUAGUCGCUUUCGGCGGUGGACAGGGGUCAGCAUGGGCACUCUGACUGGUCUGCGGCUGCUCUGCACUGUGCUCUGACACCUUUCUAUCUUGGCCAUUAUUAAGUUUUUCAUCAAUUUGUGCUACAGUUGCUCUUUUGUGAGAUCAGACCAGACGGGCUAGUCUUCACUUCUCACUCGCAUCACUGAGCCUUGGGCACAUGACCCUGUCGUCUGUUCACUGGAUGUCCAUCCUUGGACCUCUUUUGGUAGAUACUAAACACUGCAUACCAGGAACACCCCACAAGACCUGCAGUUUUGGAGAUGCUCCGACCCAGUCCUCUAGCCAUCACAAUUUGGACCUUGUCAAAGUCACAAAGUCCUUACACUUGCCCAUUUUUCCUGCUUCCAGCACAAGAAAUUCAAGAAAUGACUGUUCAAUUGCUGCCUAAAAUGUCCCUCCCCUUGUCAGGUGCCAUUGUAAGGAGAUAAUAAAUGUUAUUCACGUCACCUGUCAGUGUUGUGUGUGUGUGUGUGUCUGUCUGUGUGUAUAUACUGUAUAUCAUUUUCUUUUUUCAUAAUAAAAAGUCUACUAUUAAUAUUUUUCAUUUUUUUUUUUUUUUUUGCAUCGUGACAUUUUCAAAACAAUUUUGCUGUCAAAUUCCCUUUACCAUAGACCAUCCAGAUGUUUACUUUUAAAGUUGUUUUUGUAAUGGUCAUCAUUCUCAAUUAUGGAUUUUAUUAGUUUCUUAUUAGUGUAAUACAGUUUGACAGUAAAACAUUUAUCAUUAAAAUCAAGAUAAAUUUAAGACAGUAUGCCAAAUACUACCAUAAUGUAUAAAUUCAAUUUAUAAAAUAUAUUUUUGUAUCCAACUAGUUAAAAAAAAUAUUUUAAAAUAACAUAUAUAUUUGACUGUACAUUAAAAAAUAAUCGUAAUUGUUGUUAUUAUUUUAUCAGUAAAUUUGAAUCUCAUUUCUUUAAGCAAAACAGCAUUUAAUAUAUAUAUAUAUAUAUAUAUAUAUAUAUAUAUA